GUAGUAGUAGGUGGCGAUAAUGCAACAUUAUUGGAUGCCAACCUCUGUUAAACCUCACCGAAGAAGAAGUGAGGUGUCGCUUAAAAGCUGUCAAGGGGGAAAGAGGCGAAAAGACGUCAACAAAACGAUAUAGCCACUUCACUCUGUUGAUCUUGGACAAGCAUAGAGGAAUGGGCUGUGGUCCCAUUAUAGUUGGAUCUACCCCUACCAGUCCUGAGACCGCACAAGAAGCCCAGCCCCAGGCCAGGCCCGAAACAUGAGAUCUUUAACUGCUAAGUAAAGAAUGAGGCCUCAGCAACCCCACCCCAGAAACACCAUCACCACUACUACUAACAUAGUCUGUCACACACCUAUUACAACUUAACCCUCAACACAUUCCCCCUGCCCCAGGACCAGCUCUUGUAUCCCCUUCCCUUCCCUUACUCACCCAACCCCUACCACCCCCAACCCAAUACACCCCACAGAGCAGUUUAGCCCACCUCGAGACUUGAGUCACCAGCCAAUCAGCUCCUAGUAGGCCUUGUGCGCCUCCAUCGGCGGCCCUCCCCGGCGGUGUGUUGGUGUGCGAUGGCGCGGCGGGACGCUGAAGGCUGCUGCCGGGGAUUGUGAUGUCAGAGCCCGCCAGCCCGGGCGAGAGCCAGCGCGGCGCUCCCAGAUUCUUCGUGGGCUGCGAGGACGAUGAGAGCGAGGGCCUGGAGGACUACGACGGCUGCAGCAUGAGGACCGACAUGGAGCUGUACGAGGACGACGAGGACACAGACUCGCCCCCCGAGCGACAGAUCGUGGUGGGGAUCUGUUCCAUGAUGAAGAAGUCCAAGUCAAAGCCCAUGACCCAGAUCCUGGAGCGUCUGUGCAGGUUUGAGUACAUCACUGUGGUCAUCUUCCCUGAGGACGUCAUUCUCAACGAGCCCGUGGACAAAUGGCCCCUGUGUGACUGCCUCGUCUCCUUCCACUCCAAAGGAUUCCCGCUGGACAAGGCAGUGAGCUACGCCAAUCUCCGAAACCCACUGCUCAUCAAUGACCUGAACACACAGUACUUCAUACAGGACAGGAGGGAGGUGUAUCGUAUCCUGCAGCAGGAAGGCAUCGAUCUGCCCCGCUACGCUGUGCUGAACCGCGACCCAGAUAAACCAGACGAGUGUAACCUGGUCGAGGGAGAAGACCAUGUGGAGGUGAAUGGGGAGGUGUUCCCUAAACCCUUUGUGGAGAAACCCGUCUGUGCUGAAGACCACAACGUCUACAUCUACUACCCCACCUCAGCGGGAGGAGGAAGCCAGCGCCUUUUCAGAAAGAUCGGGAGCCGGAGCAGUGUGUACUCACCAGAGAGCAACGUGAGGAAGACUGGCUCCUAUAUCUACGAAGAGUUCAUGCCAACGGACGGGACGGACGUUAAGGUGUAUACGGUGGGGCCUGACUAUGCCCACGCUGAGGCCAGGAAGUCUCCUGCCCUGGAUGGGAAGGUGGAGAGAGACAGCGAGGGGAAGGAGAUCCGCUACCCCGUCAUGCUCACCGCCAUGGAGAAACUAGUGGCCCGCAAGGUCUGCCUGGCAUUCAAGCAAACCGUGUGUGGCUUUGACCUUCUCCGAGCCAACGGUCACUCCUACGUCUGCGACGUCAACGGCUUCAGCUUCGUCAAGAACUCCAUGAAGUACUACGACGACUGUGCCAAGAUCCUGGGUAAUAUAGUGAUGAGGGAGCUAGCUCCUCAGUUCCACAUCCCCUGGUCCAUCCCUACUGAGGCUGAGGACAUCCCCAUUGUCCCAACCACAUCUGGCACCAUGAUGGAGUUACGCUGUGUCAUCGCAAUAAUCCGCCACGGAGACCGAACUCCUAAGCAAAAGAUGAAGAUGGAAGUGCGGAAUCCCAUGUUUUUUGAAUUGUUUGACAUACGGGGUUACAAGACAGGGAAAUUGAAGCUGAAGAAGCCAAAACAACUGCAGGAGGUACUGGACAUAGCUCGGCAACUGUUGCUAGAACUGGGUGAUGGAAGAGAAGACUGUGAGAUCGAAGAGAAGAAAUCCAAACUGGAGCAGCUGAAGACCGUUCUGGAGAUGUAUGGCCACUUUUCUGGGAUCAACAGAAAAGUGCAGAUCACCUACCUGCCCCACGGGCAGCCCAAAACAUCCAGCGAGGAGGAAGACACACGUAAGGAGUGCCCUUCUCUGCUGCUGGUGUUGAAGUGGGGAGAGCUGACCCCAGCAGGCAGGGUACAGGCUGAAGAGCUGGGCAGGGCCUUCCGCUGCAUGUACCCCGGAGGACAAGGAGACUAUGCUGGGUUCCCUGGCUGCGGGUUGCUACGGUUACACAGCACGUACCGACACGACCUCAAGAUCUAUGCGUCUGACGAGGGCAGAGUGCAGAUGACUGCCGCAGCUUUCGCCAAGGGUCUGCUGGCCUUAGAGGGAGAGUUGACGCCCAUCCUUGUGCAGAUGGUGAAGAGUGCCAACAUGAACGGCCUGCUGGACAACGACAGCGACUCGCUUAGCGGCUGCCAGCACCGCGUCAAGGCCCGUCUCCACGAGAUCAUGCAGAAAGACCAGGAGUUCACAGAGGAGGACUACGAUAGGCUGGCCCCUACAGGUGCAUCCUCUGUGGUUAACUCUAUGAGAAUUGUGGAGAACCCUGUGGUGACAUGUGACCAGGUCUACACACUCAUCCAGAGUCUCACCUCCCAGAUACGCAAGAGACUAGAGGACCCCAAAUCUGCAGACCUGCAGCUGUACCACAGUGAGACUCUGGAGCUGAUGCUGCAGCGCUGGUCCAAGCUGGAGCGGGACUUCCGGAUGAAGAGCGGCCGCUACGACAUCAGCAAGAUCCCGGAUAUCUACGACUGCGUGAAGUAUGACGUGCAGCACAACGCCACGCUGGGCCUGGAGGACACACUGGAGCUGUUCAGGCUGUCCCGAGCCCUCGCCGACAUCAUCAUACCACAGGAAUACGGCAUUAACAAAGUGGAGAAGCUGGACAUAGCGUAUGCCUACUGCCUACCUCUGGUCAAGAAGAUCCAGCUGGACCUCCAGAGGACCCAUGAGGAUGAGUCAGUCAACAAACUCCAUCCACUGUACUCUCGAGGAGUGAUGUCACCAGGUCGCCACGUGCGGACACGUCUGUACUUCACCAGCGAGAGUCACGUCCAUUCUCUACUCAGCACCUUCCGCUACGGAGGCCUGCUCGACGAGGAGAAGGAUCAGCAGUGGAAGCGGGCGAUGGACUACCUUGGUGCCGUUUCUGAACUCAACUACAUGACCCAGAUAGUUAUCAUGCUGUAUGAGGACAACAACAAGGACCCGUCGUCAGAGGAGCGUUUCCAUGUGGAGCUUCACUUCAGCCCUGGGGUCAAAGGUUGCGAGGAGGAGGAGAAAGCACCAAUGGGCUUCGGCUUCCGUCCCGCUUCCGCAGAGAAUGAUCAGAAACAGACAGACCCUGGCAGCUUGGAGGAUCUAUCACGUGACGAGCCCGACCGGGCCCUACCACUCUCUGAGCCAAUGGGCAUCCACCGGAGAUCCCCUCUGAUUCGCAACCGCAAGACUGGGUCUAUGGAGGUCCUGUCGGAGACGUCUUCAUCCAAAGCAGGCAGCUACCGUCUCUUCCCCUCCUGCUCUCGCCAGUCCCCUGAGAUGAAGCAGAGUGGUCUAGGAUCUCAGUGUGCAGGACUCUUCAGCACCACUGUCCUGGGAGGCUCCUCUAGCGCCCCCAACCUGCAGGACUACGCACGCACACACCGGAAAAAGUUCUCCUCAGGCAGCCUGUCCUAUAAAGACGAGUUGUUGUCUAUGCCGGCAGUAAAGAGAUUUUCUGUGUCGUUUGCAAAGCAUCCGACUAAUGGGACACAGGAUGACACGUGUGCUGUGGCUGUUCCCCCUCUGUGGUGGCCUGUGUCAGAGCCCUUGGAGGAGCACCACGUUGCCCAGCUGUUGAGGCGCUUCUCCACUGAUGCCAGCCUGUGCCGCCCUCUCUCUCUGGACGGGGCGCUGGCCCACCACCUCAACCAGUGCUCCUACCACCUCCGCCUCUUCCGUAACUGGCUCAUCUCUGGCCAAGACCCCCUAGAGUACUUCUACGGCUUUGAAGGCUGCUCCAUGGUGCCCUCCAUCUACCCACUGGAGACGUUGCACAACUCGCUGUCCCUCAAGCAGGUGGAUGAGUUCAUCACUGCCGUGUGUGAGACUGGUGGAGAUGCCCACUCCAGGACCACAAGAGCUCUGUCGGCCAUGUUUGACUCACAGAACCAGCCGUCGGUGGACUCCUACAUGCCUCAGAGAGUCCUCUCCUCCUCCGUAUCCCCACAACAGCGCUCUGACAGACCUCCCUGGUACAGCAGCGGUCCGUCCAGUACAGUGUCCAGCGCUGGCCCCUCCUCCCCACCACGGCAGACGCCUCCCCCAUUUUAGCUUCAGCGACAAGAC